CCCACCUUCAGUAGGCAGUCUCCAGUGCUCCCUACAGUGAAAUUUGAUGCUUUCCAGCAAAGGCACACCUCUUUCAGGGUGUUGUGCAAAAUUCUGUAUUUUAACGUAGGGACAGGAAAUAUUAAAUAAGCUGGCCAGACCCCAAAGCAAAGCUGUCACUUAGGCUGAGAUUUAUCAACUCUGAAGAGGAGCAAAUUAAAGGUUUUGAUGGACCCAUCAAUCCCACCACUGUGAUUUUCCAAAGGUUGAACCUUUGGGGAGCUGCAGUCAUUUCACUAACAGGUUUUUAAAGGGCAGGCAUUGGUGUUUCUGUCUGGAGCAGAUCUGCGGAGGAGUUGUUGUUUUUUUCCUUCUUCUUUCAUGCUUUAUUAUUUCCUGAUUCUGCAGUGGGAUGGGUCUGCUGAGAAAGAUUUUCAUUCCCUUUGUAGGAUUGGUCUUGGCCUUCUGUUUUUAUUCAGCAAGGGAGGAUUUUAAACCUGAGAUGUUGAAAGGGAAGCGAGUGAUCGUCACUGGAGCAAGCACUGGAAUUGGAGAGCAAAUGGCUUAUCACCUGGCCCGGAUGGGAGCCCACGUUCUGGUCACAGCACGGACGGAAGCCAAGCUUCAGAAAAUCAUCACCCGGUGUCUGGAGCUGGGGGCAGCCUCUGCGCAGUAUGUGAGCGGCAGCAUGGAGGACAAGGCCUUUGCCGAGCAUGUGGUGAAGGAGGCUGAAGUAGUGCUGGGAGGCCUAGACAUGCUGAUCCUCAACCACGUUGGCAACUCGUACUUUAACUAUUUCGAUGGCGACGUAGGGCACGUGCAGAAACUGCUGAAGAUUAACUUUCUCAGCUACGUGGCCAUGACUGUCUCAGCCCUGCCCAGGCUGAAAGACAGUGUGGGCAGCAUCGUGGUGGUUUCAUCCAUGGCAGGUAAAGUUGGGUUUCCAUUUACCGCUCCCUACUCUGCAACCAAGUUUGCCCUGGAUGGGUUUUUCAGCUCCUUGCGGCAGGAAUUAAUCAUUCAGAAGGUUGAUGUUUCCAUCACGCUCUGUAUACUCGGCUUCAUUGAUACAGAAAGUGCCAUGAAAGCAGCUUCUGAUGUGGUGCUGGUGUCCCCUGCGCCGAAGGAGGAGUGUGCGCUGGAAAUCAUCAAGGCGGGAGCCCUCCGCCAACGGGAAAUUUACUACAAAUAUGCAGCUACCAAAAUCCCCCUCUUGAUCCGGGACUGGGCUCCAGAACUCCUGGAUUAUCUGAUCAGAAGAAGCUACAAUGUGGAGAACCUAAAGAAAAAUUCAUCAGUCUGAGUUCUCCACUGCCUUUCUGCUCAUAUCUGUCUCUGGGGUUACCUUAAAUCAAGGCCUGGUGUGCUGUGGAGCUCCCUAGCCCAGGUUCCUUCUCAUUUAGGGAAUGCAAUGCUGGGAUCCCUCAUCGUGUGACCCUGGGAUCAUGUGGUAUUUUACAGUCCUGAAAACCAAUGCAGCAUGCCUAGGGUUGCCAGGUGUCUGGUUUUUUACUGGAAUGCCUGGUCGAAAAGAGACCCUGGCAGCUCCAGUCAGCACCACUGACGGGGCUGUUAAAAGUCCAGUAGGUGCUGCAGUGAGGCUAAGACAGGCUCCCUCCCUGCCGUGGCUCUGCACGGCUCCCAGAGCCAGCAGGAUGUCUUCUCCCCACCCUGGCUCCUAUGAGUAGGGGCAUCCAGGGGUUCCGCAUGCUGCCCCCGCCCCAAACGCCAGCUCUGCAGCUCCCAUUGGCCAGGAACAGCAGGCAAUGAGAGCUGCGGGGGUGGCGCCUGCGGACAGGGCGGCGCGCAGAGCCACCUGGCCACACCUCAGCGUAGGAGCCAGAGGGGGGAUAUGCCACUGCUUCUGGGAGCUACCUGAGGUAAGGGCCACCCAGAGCCUGCACCUCUGACCCCCUGCCCCAGUUCUGAUCCCCCACCCACCCUCUGAACUCCUCAAUCCCAGCCCGGAGCACCCUCCAGCACCUCAAACCCCUCAUCCCCAGCCCCACCCCAGAGCCUGCACCCCUCCCACACCUCAACCCCUUGCCCCAGGCUGGAGCUCCCUCCGAACCCCUCAGUCCUAGCCUGAAGCACCCUAAUGCACCCCAAACCUCUCCUCCCCUGCCCCACCCCAGAGACUGCACCCACAGGAGGAGCCCUCACACACUCCCACACUCCAACCCCAUGCCCCAUCACAGAGCCCAAUCCCACACCCUGAACUACUCAUUUCUGGCCCCACCACAGAGCCCACACCCCCAGCCAGAGCCCUCAGCCCCUCCCUCACCCCAAUGCCCUGAGCCAGCCCAGGGAAAAUGAGCGAGUUAGUGAGGGUGGGGAAAGCGAGCAACCGGGGGGGGGGGGGGCAGAGGGGGGGAUGGAGUGAGCGGGGGCAGGGCCUAGGAAAAGGGGUGGAGCAGGAGCGGGGCCUCGGAGGAGGGACAGGGCAGGGGCUGGACAAGGGUGUUCAGUUUUGUGCCAGUACAAAGUUGGCAACCCUAAGCAUGUCACUCCUGUCAUUACAGGAUACAAACGCAGACACUCCUGCUCCUGCAGCUGGGAGCAUGGUGAAGUCAUGCUGGCCUUGAAAACCCAUGUUUUGGAAAAGAUUUUUGAAUUCGGUGCCCUGGGAUUGCAUUUCCUAUAACUCUUCCUUAGCUCACACUUCUCCGCAUUUGAAUAGAUUUAAGGACCAAUUGACCUCAUCAGUGAAAUGCAAUGGCCAUUGCCUUUACCUCACUUGUCGUGUCUCAAUAUGGUCUUUAUGAGAUUUUUAUUUAAAGGAACUAGGCUCCUGCUGCACUAUUGAUUGUUAGUCUAUGUAUUUGUCAGCUGCGUAUGAAGAGAUCUUUGCAGAGGCGGAAGGAUUGUAUUUUAUCCCAUACUUCCCUCUCCUGGUAGAUAAAAUCCUUGCAGCAGCCAGAUUUGAAAUUCACAGAAGAAAGGCAAUGCCUUAACAAUAUUAUAACCACCCUUGUGAUCAAGCAGACUGUGGGAAGGUCAUUUCCACAGCAGAAAUCUGGCUAUGUUUGUUUUUAAAAUCUUUGUUUUGAGCUUUUUAAGCUAAUACACAGCACUUUGUAUUUUAAAUUAAGAGUGCAAUUCCUUCAAAAUUUCUCUAGAUCAAGGAGUCCUGGUUGUAAACAUGGAAAACUACAGUAUCCUGUCCCAGGAAAAAUCAGACAAUUUCUACUCCAGAAAUGUAUCAAUGUUUACUCAAGAGAGAAGACUGCCCCCCACCCAAAGCCAAGUGGCCUGAUUUUCAGAGGGACUGAUGCCCACAGCUCAGUGGGAACUUGGCACCUCUAAAAACCAGCAGGCCAAGACCUAACAAAAGCUAGCCAGCAUUCCAGCAAACCCCAUUGCUUUAGCUAUAGUAUCUGGAAUAAUAUAACUACAUAAUACAGAAUAUAUAGCAAAAGUAGUAUCCAGAAUGUCUCUGACCAAAGUUCUGACUUCUUAGGAGCUGGAUUAUGGUUACAUAACAGCUGGCAUUUGUGGUGACUGGGGGAGCAAGGUGACUGCUAGCAGACAGCAGUGCUGGCUUUCUGUUUUCCUUUUUGGGCCAAAUAAUUAGCGCUGAUGGAAAUUUUCCAAAUUUAAAUUACAUUUUUUCCACAUGUACAAAAAAACUGAACAAUGUUCAUGAAAUUGUUCCCCCUUUUCCAAAAAACUCUAAUAAAAGUGUCAUUGUGAAACUCUCUCCUGUCCCCAGAUCUGAGCUGAAGUUUACGGAGAGAUGGCUGCACUCUGCACCAUGGGAUUUUUUCAUAACACAUGGUCAAGACUGAACAAAGCAUGAAAGACAGAAAUCUCCCACAACUCCAACCCCACCCUUCCAGCCAGCCCUGGCCCCUACAAACACACAGAGCUGUGGAGCAUGUACCAGAGGAAAUGUAGUGAUGUAAAUUCAUUAUUAAAAUAGAAUUCACUACCCUUAGAGUUGUGUAUAUUCCCUCCCCCCCUUCCUUUCUCCAUUUCAUCUUUUUAGCCCACCCUACCUGGGUGCACUGCCAUUGACUCCAGUUCAGGCCUUAUCUACAUAGGCAAGCCGCACCAGAUGAACCUGACAGCACGUCUACACUACAAACCCGACAGCGGCACAGCUGUAAACUGUGCCAUUGUGGCGUAGAUACUUUCUGCAUCGACGGAAAGGGUUUUUCCAUUGCUGUAGUAAACCCACUUCUCUGAGAGGCAGUAGCUAGGCUGACAAAAUAAUGCUUCCAUCAAUCUAGUGGGGUCUACACUGCGGGAGAGGUCAGCAUAACUAUGUCGCACAGGGCAUGAAAUUUUUCACAGUCCUGAGCAAUGUAUUUGGGCUGAUCUAAGUUUUAAGUGUAGAGCAGGCCUAAGGUGUAAAUUUAAACUGACACAGUUGCACUGGUGUGAGCCCCUGUGUGGACGUACUUAUUUUGGUUUAGGAGUGACUUUUCUCCAAUUAGAUUAGGCCUGCGUCUACACAUAGUUUAUAACUAUUUUGGAUGAGGUGGUGAUUAUACAUAUUAUAGAAAAAUAGUUAUACCAGCACAAAGUUAUCCUGGUGUAGGUUAUUCCCCCUUCCCAUAUGGGAAUAUCUAUCCCAGUAUAAAGCACUUUUGUACAGUGUAAUUAUGUCCACACUCGUGGGGUUGUACCACUUCAACUAUACUGUUAGCGGCCUGAUCUAUGCUUAUAAUUUAUACUGGCAUAGCUACACUGGUGAGGGGUGUGAUUUUUUUUUAUUUUUUUACUGACUUUGGUGUGCCCAUAUAAACCCUAGUGCAGAUGCAUUUAUACCAGCAUAAAAGUGCUUUUACCAGUACAGUUUAUGUCUCUUGGGAAACUGGUGUCAGUUAUGCUGGCAGAAACACUUCUGCUGGUAUGAACUGCAUGUACUCUAGGAGGGUUUGCUGCUAUAGCUAUGCCAACAAAACUUUUCUAGUGUAGACAAGGCCACGGUUAAAGCAAUAUAAUUUCUAUGUGUAGACAAUUGUGGAUUGGGAACAGACUUAAGCCACUCUUAAGCCUGGUCAACACUAGAAAAGUGAUACAAUUUUAAAGUGGGAUUUAUUUAUUUUUACGGAGUUAGUUAUACUGGUAUAAACCCUAAUGUGGGUGCAGUUUUAACACUAUAAAUUGUCUUAUAACUGUGUCUUAUUUUGCUUCCCAAACUGAAAUAAGCUAUUCCACAAUAAGCACUUUUAUACAGCAUAACUGCAUCCACGCUAGGUUUUUCUUUGCAACAUAAAUAUAAUGGUAUAGUUAAAGUAAUAAAUCUUCUUAGCGUAGACAAAAUCCUUAGACUGAAAUCAGAGCAUCCAGACAGGAGUUUGGAUCAGUGUGACUAUAUCAGUUUAAAAACUGAUUUUAAUUAAGUAGGUGCAAUCUUUCCAAUGUAGAUAAGGCCUGAGUUUUGUUUGUUUAUACCAGGAAAGAAUUUGCCCAUCUCUUCUUAUUCACUCCCUCCAUCCUCCACCUCUCCCUCUAUCCACCACAUUUCCAUUUUCUAUUUCCCUUUUUUAAUUAUUAUUCUCCUGGUCUCCUUUCUGGGUCCCUCCCUUUCUCUUUCUUUCUGUGCCUUUCUGUACGUGUCUUUACUUUCUUGACUCUUAGCUAGUUAACCAGCCAAUCUCCCUGCUGAUCUCCACUUUCACAGAACAAACAAAAAAGCCUCAUGAAACACAAGCUGAAGAUACACGACUGUUGUUCUUCCAAGGGAAACUCAUUCUUUCCAGUAAAAACCCCACCUCUUUUCAGUGUAUAAACAUGCUGAUGCCUUCCAAAGCAGGGACAGGGUAAACAAAGCAAGAGGCAAUCCAUCUCAGCCCUUGUCAUUUUCACUGAUGGAGAGCAAGUCUGAUAUAGCAGGUUAAAGACCUGA